GGCUUGUUGCUCUUCCAGAAGCCAGAGAGGUUUCGCAUCGGCGUCUCGCCGCAGUGGGGAACCCAUAUCUAAGCCCCCGAACUGUUUAGAUGCGGGCUGCCCGCCGCUGAAUGCGGGAAGACUGCAAGGUCGUCUGGGUUAUGGCAGGAAUCGGGGUGAGCCGCAGCAGCAGCCGCGUGGCUCUGCUGCCUCCGCGCGCGCGACUUGUUUGUUGUCAGGCGGGUCCAUCUGGCGGGCAGCGGAAGGACUGCUCAUAUAGAGACACGGUACUUUCCCCCCUCUCCUCUCACCUUCAUCUAUUAGAAUCCACACACAUACACACACACACCCACACCCCUGGGCCACCUAAUGACACACUUUCCCGCUGUGUUCAAUCCGGAUGAGAGGAAGUCUUUAAUAUACUAGAGACACAACUCAAGCUUACGGGCAGGUGCUACCGGAAACAAACUUUCUCCUUAUCCCCCUGAUGCUAACUCGUUUUUUUAAGCUAGCUGUACUGGUAAACAACUAAACAGAACUAAUAAUUUUGUCUGGUUGAUAAAAACUAAUUGUUUACCUGUCCUAUAUAUUGACAUAAUGUGUGUCAGUACGUUUGGGGCUUGAUGGUGCCCACCCGCGGAGCUCAUCAACUCUCCCCGAAGUGUGUGGAACUCAAGCCCCCGGCCGCCCGCCGAAGAAUAGCUCUCUUUAAAUAUUCAUCCUCCACUGCCUGCAGGCACUACUUUUCCUCCCCGCUGACCGACCCCUGCUGCUCCGAGCCUCGCCACUGAAGCAGACAAAACGUGAGGCUGUACGGGCGACUGAGAUGAAGGGCAUGUAAAUGAGUUUGCUCUUCUUAUUGUAUAUAUUUUUUCUUUUUGGAUGCUGGUCACUGGGGUUGACCUAUUGAAACAUGGACGAGCAUGACCAUGGAGCUCCACCGGUAACGUGAGGGUUUCUCGGAUGUUGGGUGUGUCAUAGGAGAGUAACCUUGAUGGGGACCGCAGCUGUGCAGUUUAAAGCUGCUUUGGACGAGAGGACCUCUCCUCACAGUGAUUUCAAACCUGUGUACAGUUCCUGCAUUAAAUCAGAUUGGCGUGUCUAAACCAAGAAAGGUUCAAAGGUCAGCUUCUCUGAAUCCUGUACAGAAGGCAUGUUGUGUCCAUAGUCGCUCGUCAAAAUGCCAGGCAAAAAAGACACCAAGAAGGACACAAAGAAGGGAGGUAAACCAGAACCAGAAAAAAAGAAAGAGGAGGAAAAGAAAGGCAAGGAAGACAAAAAGGGAGGGAAAGAUGACAAGAAACCCACAAAGGAUGAUAAAAAAGGUGGGAAAGAUGACAAGAAAGGGGGAAAGAAGGGAAAGGAGGAGCCACCCAAGGGGAAGGACGGAGGAAAGAAAGGAAAAGAUAAACAAAAAGGCAAGAAAGUAGAGUCAGAGGAAGAGGAAGAGGAGGUAUUCAGUGACGAGGAAGAGGAAGAAGAGUUUAGUGAGGAAGAAGAUGAAGAGGAGGACUCAGAAGAUGACAGAAGGGGAAAAGGAGGAAAGGGGGGUAAAGGGAAAAAGGGGAAAUCUAGACGAGGAUACGACUCGGAAGAGGAUGAAGAAGAUUUUGAAGAUGAAUAUGACGAAGAUGAAGAUGUCCGGGGGAAGUCAAAAAAGAAAGCUAAGGAUGGUCAACACAAAGGAGGAAAAUCUGAUACCCAUAAGAAAAAGGCCAAGAAAAAAGAAGAACCUCCCCCACCUCCAGCCAAGGAAAUACCUAAGAAAGGUUUGAAGAACAUGUCCAGAAUGUUCUUGAAGUUUUCUGGUUUUCAGAGGCGCAAGAACAGCGUGAAGAAGCUGAAAAGCACGUCUCGUUUGUUUCUUGGUUUGGGGAGAAAAAUGAGCAAACUUGCCAAGAAGAAACGCAGAAAGUCUAUGAUGAAAAACACUUCCCGAUUUAUGAUGAAGUUUCAGGCAAGCAAAAAGAGAAAAAAACAGAAAGAGGCCAAGGAGAAUGGUGGAAAGAAACACAAGUACAUGCUUCUUCGUCUGGGGGGAUUAUCGAAUGAGAAGAAGGGUGGCUUCUUCAAAGGUUUAUUUAAAAAAAAGGGUGGGGCUGGACCUUCUGAUGACUUUAAAAACAGCAGCACAUUAUUGGGGAAGGUUGCUGCAGCAGCUAACUGGCUGACAAAACGUUUUAUCUUCAACAAAAUGCGAGGGAACUCAAGAAAUAAUGGCUGGGGGAGUCGAGGAGGAAACAACAGACAAUCCAGUUCUAGGCAAAAUAUCCAUGGCUAUUAUAACAAUGGUUAUGAACAUGGGGAGGAGAUGUAUGGCUACGACUAUCAAGAUUUAGCCCACCAGAAAGGUUAUGGAGGAUAUGAUGAUGGUUAUGGUGGCUAUGAUGAUAACCCAAUGGCAUCAUAUGGAAGACAGGGUCAGUUUGGUUACAAUGGUGCAGGUGGAACUGAUUAUCAAGACCUAGAGUAUUAUGAGGAAGAUGGACUAUAUGAUUUAAAUGCAGGAUAUUAUGAAGAGGAUCUUUAUGAUGAUGACAUGGGUCAUUAUUAUGGCCCUCAUUCAUCUGCUCAAGCAUUGUAUUAUGACCAGGAAACUGAUGACUAUGGUUACCAGCAACAACCAGCAAUGUAUGAUGAGCAUCUGGACUACUAUGCUCCAGUGGGCAAAGGUUAUGUCUAUGGAGGGGAGGAGGAUGGGUUCCUGGAUUCUGCAGCUCAGGUGUAUUAUGAUGAAAAUGGUCAUGGAGUUUAUUAUGAAACUGGACUCAUGGACCCGUAUGAAAGCACACAAGAAAGCUUUUAUCAAACCCCUCAUACAUCCUUCAUGGGGGUGCAAGGUUUUCCACCAGACUAUCAGUUUACCUAUAAUGAUGGUGAAAUGACCUACCAAGACUUCAGCUCACAGCAGACAACUGGAUUCCAACCAUCAAGUCAGCAUGUCUAUGGCUUUGAAGGUUUUGAUGGCCAGGGAAUUGAUCAGGCACAGGGAUUUUAUGGGGACCAGUACGGUGGCCAGAUGAAUCAAAGUAGGGAAGAAACUAGUGGGUUUCAGGAAGGAGACAUUACCUUUAGGGUUCCUAGACCUCAAGUGCGACUGUUUGGGAAAGAGCGUCUAGACGUCCCUUUGCCCCCUCCACCUACGUUGCCACCUGAUCCUGAAUUUGAGGACAUGUCAGACAUCCAGUAUGAAGACCAAAUUCCUGCUCCAGGUCUGAAUGGAAACAUGAUGUCCCUACAGCAGAUGAUGCUACCACACCAACAGAUGAUGCUACCACAGCAACAGAUGACGCUACCACAGCAACAGAUGAUGCUACCACAGCAACAGAUGAUGCUACCACACCAACAGGUGAUGCUACCACAGGAGCAGGUGAUUUCUCCACAUCAGCAGAUGAUUUCUCCACAUCAGCAGAUAAUUUCACCCCACCAGCAGAUGAUUUCACCCCACCAGCAGAUGAUUUCACCAAACCAACAUAUGAUAUCUCAACCGCAGCAGUUUAUUUCCCCUCAACAACAGAUGAUACAAAUGCAAGCCAUGUCACCUCAAGGGAUGAUGGUGUCACCUCAAAUUAUGUCAUCACAAGAGCGGAUAAUGUCACCUCAAAUGGUGACACCACAAGAUCAAAUGAUUCAACAACAAAUGUCGCCACAAAUGAUUUCUCCACAGAUGAUGACAGAUCCAAUGGCAAUACCACAGCAGCAGGGUUAUGGACCUCCCUCAAUCCCAACUCCAACCGCUAUGAUUAUUAAGCAAGCAAACAUGUCUCCACUUUCUGUCCGACGGAUGCAACUCUCUCCUACUCCAUCCCGCCGCUCUGUCAUUAUGCCCUCUCCACAGAUGCAACGACAUCCAUCUGCCAUGCCUUCCCCUGUGCCCUCUCCGAUGGUUGCACGUGGAGGGAUCCCCUCACCUCAGCCUUUGGUGAGGAGUGGAUUUGUUAACUCUCAAAGACCCCCCUCUGUUAUAUCUCGAGGAAUCUCCCACAAUGCCUCCCCUAUGGUGUCCCCAAUGCUUCAUCGUAAAAUGCAACCACAGAGAUCAACCUCUGUCCAAGCUAGAGGACCAUCACCCCCCCAUUCUCCACGUGCCUCUAUGAUUCGCCAGAGUCCUCCAGGCUCACCAAGAGCAUCUAUGAAGCGCUAUUCUCCACCACCCUCACCCCGUCUUUCCAUGAGGAUGCAAAGUCCUCCACCAUCACCUAUACCUGCACAACAUUCAUUUGAAGGAGCACCAAUGCGAAGGUCACCAUCCCCUCCCAUGUCUCCAGGUCACGUAUCUCCUCCUCAGUUAAGCAGAAGAUUUUCUCCCUCUCCCUCGCCUUCUCGUAGAAGUUUAUCUCAGCAAGGACCACCACCUGUUUCUCCAUCUCCUACUCUUUCUCGACGCUCAACUCGCCUGCUAAGGGAUCCCACACCAGUGGCCAGGCCUCGGCUAGGAGGGAAUGUUCCUCUAGGUACUGUCAGACCUUCUCCUAUGGGUCUCAGAGGGCGUCCAGUUCCCCCACCCACCCAGAAUGUUCGGCCAUUUCGCCCGUCUUCUAUAAGAAGCAAUAGAUCUUCUGUUCUUACCAUAGACUCCCUCCACUCAUCUCCUUUCCAGUCUCCCCAUAUGGUUCAUCGAGCUCCGCUGAUGAGAAGAGAGUCAGGCCGACUUCCUCCUCGGCCCAUUGCUCGAGGGCGUCCUCUUGUCAAGCAGUCCAUAAGGAGGAUGCCUCCUGCUUCACCACAGUUUUCCCAUAAGCAAAUGUCACAUCCUGCAUCCCCACGUCUCUCCCCUCGUCUUUCUCAUCGGUCCUCCCCCGUCCCAGCCCCUCGCACUGUCCACCCCCCUAAUUUUUCCUCAGAAAUGUACAUGUCAGGUCCAAAUGCUGAUCCCUUACCUCAAUUUGUUGUCCCUUCUCCACAAAUGGUUGCCAUGGGUGACAUAUCUCCUAAAUAUGUAGAACAGCCCUAUGAGCAGCCCCUGCCCCCUUCUUCCCCAGUAUUGUCUGGUGCUCUGCAAAACCAGGCAUUGAGAGACGCAUCGUAUGUGUCUCCACUACAAAGACCGCAGUCUCCAUACACAUCUUUACCCUCAUCUCCGAUGCUCUCUGGAGCCUUGAGACAUGGUCAGGCACUCAGAGGAGUGGCUUCUUAUCAGACCCCACAGUUGCAAUCACCAUAUGGUCCAACUGUUGUCACUCCAUAUGAUUAUAUCUCUGAACCUGGCCCUGCACCACUGCUUCAUGAUGCACUGCAAAGCCGGUCUAAUUUGCAAAAUGUCUCUGCUAUAAAGUCUCCCAUGAUGCAACGUCGUAAUCCUUAUUCACCAACAGUCCCGCAGCUCCACAGUGCUCUUCAUCAGAACCAAAACCUUCGGCAAGCGUCUUUUCAAACACCAAUGCAACUAAGUGGGCCCCAUCCUGGACCUCAAAGACCUUCCUCACCAAUGUUAGGAAGUGCCCUGAAAAAUCCACAUUUAAUGCAGGCAUCCUUCCAGCUGCCAGCCGGGACCUUAACAUCCCCUUAUACAGUUUCACAUUCCCCCUCAAUGCUUGGCCAAGCACUUGGAAACCGACAAGUUAGGGGAGCGUCAUAUGUCCUGCCUGAUGGAUCAGUUGUCAGAGACCCCUACAACCAGCAAAAGCAAUUCUCACCUAAUCUCUCUGGAGCUCUUCAGAACCAGCAUUUUAGGAAUGCAUCAUACACCCUUCCCGACGGCACAAUUGUUGAUCCUCGACAGCCACAGUCUUUUUCACCGCAUCUUUCAAAGGCCUUAAGCAACCCAGCUCUGCGUGAAGCCUCCUACUCUCUGCCUGAUGGAACCAUUGUGAUUGAUUCCAAGACACAAAAAUCAGCAAAUCUUACAGCAGCUCUUCAAAAUCCUUACCUGAAGAGUGCGUCUUACACUUUACCAGAUGGCACUAUCAUCAUUGAUCCACGGAAACCUGCCUCUCCAAACCUUUCCGGUGCACUCAGAAAUUCCGCGCUUAUGAAUGCUUCGUUCUCACUACCAGAUGGGGUUCGAGACCCUAGUACUCCAAUACCGCCAAACCUGGCUAAGGCUCUCAAUAAUCCAGCCUUAAAGGGAGCAUCAUACACGCUUGCAGAUGGAACAAUAAUAGUGGACCCAAGAAAACCAAGGAGCCCAAACCUCUCAGCUGCCCUUCAGAAUCCUUAUCUGAAGGGUGUGUCCUACACCUUACCCGAUGGAACUGUCGUUAUUGAUCCAUGGAAACCAGUUGGUCCUAAUUUAUCUAAAGCUCUUUUGAAUACAAACCUUCGUGGUGCAUCAUAUCAUCUCCCUGACGGCUCACUGGUCAUGCCCGGGCAGAAACCCUCCUCUCCAAACCUAACAUCUGCUCUCAGGCAAAACAUGAACCUUCGCUCUAAAAAUCUCUACCAUCUCUCAGACAAUUCAGUGCUAACAGGAGCACCCAAGCCCACCAGCCCCAACGUUUUCUCUGCGCUCCAGAAUGAUGAACUGCGUGAUGUCAAUUUAAGGCUGCCGGAUGGGUCUCUUCUAAUGCGACGAUUCAACAACCCUAAGCUCUCUGAAGCCAUCCAAAACCAGCAACUUCGUUAUGCUUCAUACACUGUGCCAACAGGACUGCAGGGCGAGGACAAUCGAUAUGCUGUGAUACCUCCUUAUGGGCCACGUUCUGGGCACUGGGCAAGGAACGCUCAAGGUGGAGGUGAUGGUGGGGAGGAUGUUUGGGCAGCUGAGAGGGUUCUGCCACAUGGAACGGUCCAGAAUUUGUCAAAGUGGGCCAUGUACAGGGAAGAUGGGGUGUUAGAAGGGUACACACCAGCUCCGAGAGUCGUGGGAGGACAGCCUCAAGGACUAGACUGGAUGCCUGAUAGAGCCAGAGUGCCUGGUCAAUCCUGGUAUGACAAGAUCUACUCUGUCAUAAGCAUGCCUACAACAAGCCACAGGGUUAAACGCUGGGCGGAGGGAAUGGAAGAUAUGACACAGCUUCCUGAGCUGAAUGAAACUACCGUUCUGAUGAACUUGAAGAAACGGUUCGACCAAGAACUUAUUUAUACGUACAUAGGCAGCAUCCUUGUGUCUGUGAACCCCUACAAGCUGCUGAAUGUUUACGGCACAGACAUGGUACUUCAGUAUGAAGGCCACGGGCUAAGCGAUAACCCUCCUCAUCUUUUUGCCAUUGUUAACCUCUCAUAUACCACCAUGAUGGAUGCCAAAAAAGACCAGUGCAUUGUGAUUAGUGGAGAAAGUGGAUCAGGGAAAACUGAAGCAACUAAACUGAUACUUCGUUACCUCACAGCCAUACAUCAUAAGCGCAACGUCACACAACAGAUACAGAUACUGGAGGCCACGCCCUUGUUGGAGUCUUUUGGGAAUGCCAAAACGGUCCGUAAUGACAACUCUUCACGCUUUGGCAAAUAUGUGCAGAUCUACAUGGAUGAGGGUGUAAUCAGCGGUGCCAUAACGUCCCAGUACCUGUUGGAGAAGUCUCGUAUUGUCUUUCAGGCCAAAUCAGAGAGAAACUACCACAUCUUCUAUGAGUUGUUGGCAGGUCUUCCCCCCAAUGAGAAGCACUCGCUGUAUCUGCAGGAGGCUGAGACCUACUACUAUCUGAACCAGGGAGGGAACUGCACCAUAGAGGGGAAGGAUGAUGGGGAGGACUUCAGGCGUUUGCUGAGUGCCAUGGACAUCCUGUGUUUCACUCCAGAGGAGCAGAAUGGCAUCUACAGGCUUCUGUCGUCAAUCCUUCAUCUGGGGAACACCUACUUCGAGCCACAUCAGGCUGAGGGGGAGGAAGUGGCGUCGGUGGUGAGUGCUCAGGAGAUCAGGGUGGUGGCUGAGCUGCUGCAGGUCUCACCGGAAAGCCUGCAGAAAUCCAUCACCUUCAAGAUGACAGAUACAGUGAGGGAGAAGAUCUACACACCGCUGACGGUGGAGAGUGCUGUGGAUGCCAGAGAUGCUGUUGCCAAGAUCCUGUAUUCGCUGCUGUUUAGUUGGCUGACGGAGCGCAUCAACGGACGGGUCUACCCUCGCACUGAAGCCCUCUCCAUCUCCAUAUUGGACAUAUAUGGAUUCGAGGAGCUACAGGUGAACAGCUUCGAGCAACUGUGUAUCAACUACGCCAACGAAACUUUGCAGUUCUACUUUGUAAAAGUCGUCUUCCAAGAAGAGCAGGAGGAAUACAUGCGGGAGCAGAUCGAGUGGCAGCAACACUCCUUUGGCAACAACCAGGCAUGCCUUGACCUCAUUGCUGCAAAGCCUCAUGGGAUACUGCGCAUACUGGAUGACCAGUGCAGUUUCCCCCAGGCAACAGACCACACCUUCCUCCAGAAGUGCCACUAUCACCAUGGAAACAACCCAUUAUAUUGCAGGCCAAAGAUGCCCCUGCCAGAGUUUACACUGAAGCACUACGCAGGGAAGGUCACCUAUCAGGUGCAUAAAUUCUUGGAUAAAAAUUUUGACAUGGUUCGCCAGGAUGUUUUAGACCUCUUCAUUCAGAGCAGGAACAGAAUGCUAUCAAACCUCUUCUUGAAGUAUUCGGAGUCGGUGUCACAGCAGCAGUCUAACCUGCGGCGUAGCAGCAGCGCUCGCCGUCAUCAGGCCAACACGGUCAGUUCCAAGUUUCAGACCAGUCUGCAAGAGCUGCUGGACAAGAUGCAAAGGUGUAACCCUUAUUUUGUGCGAUGCAUCAAGCCAAACCAUCAUAAGGCGUCAGGAAUAUUCGAUCUGGAUGUUGUCAACACUCAGCUGCACUACUCUGGCAUCAUGGACACAAUCCUUAUAAGGAAGGAAGGUUACCCAAUCAGAAUGCGCUUUAGCAACUUCCUGUCGAGGUAUAAAGCCCUGCUCUGCCUGAAGGAUUCUCCACCUGCCGAUGGAGAAAAUUGUGUUACUAUGCUCCACAAACUUUGUCCAGUCAAAAAGGGUUCGUAUCAGGUGGGAGUCAGCAAGAUUUUCCUGAAAGAGGAGCUGUAUUACCUGCUGGAGGGGAAGCGCGACCGCGUGCUGGACAUAGCCGCCAUGACUCUGCAGCAACACGUUCGCACCUUCUUUGUCCGAAAGAGCUUCGUCAAGUUUAAGCACCGCGUGACUUUGUUUGAGGCCCGCUGCAGAGGCUACCUGGCCAGGAAAAAGUUUGUCCUGAGAAGGAAAUACCUCAUCCGGCUACGCUCCAUUGUGCUGCUGAUCGUCAACCGCCAGCGCUACAUGAGGACAGUGGUGGAGCCUGCCAGGCAGGCGGAGGAGGAUCGCAUCAAUCGAGAAGUGGUGAACGUGACGACACUGCCAAUUCCCGCAGAGCUGUCUGGCCUGCUUCACGCCGCUUCAGGAGGAGCUGAGCUACACUCUGACUGCUUGGCAGUUGUUCAGGCUCCUAAAGUUGAGGUGGACCCUCAGCUGACCCUCCCCCUGGAUGUUAACAACUACCUCAUGACUCAUUUCAUCCAGGCCAUGUUCAGGGAGCCAUUGUUUGGGAUGCUCACAGCCCCACUGGAGAAUUCCCUAAUCCGAGUGGGGGAUGAGCUCAAACGUGGAGCCCUCCACGUUUUUAUUCUGAUACUAAGGUUCAUGGGUGAUCCUGACUUGAAUGGAGCUCAGGAGAAUCUCUUUGGGAACUACAUAAUCCAACAGGGACUGGCCAAUCCCAGCCUCAGGGAUGAGAUUUUAUCUCAGGUAGCCAAUCAGGUGUGGAGAAAUCCUAACGUGCUAAAUUCCGAGCGUGGCUGGCUUCUCCUCUGCUCCUGUGUGUCUGCCUUUCUGCCCUCCCAAAAGCUGGCCAAGUAUCUGCUUAAGUUUGUGUCUGACUAUGGACCGGAGGGCUUCAACUGUGUGUGUCAGCACCGCAUGCUUCAAGGUUUGCAGCGGGUCAGUGUGGGGCCGGAGUAUGCUCGAACCUACCCCCCGUGUCUAUUGGAGUGGACAGCCAAUCGCAAGAGAGCUCACAUGGUUCUUCACAUACUCUGCUUCGAUGGUUUGUCUUUUCUUUGUCCGCUGCAUUCAUGGACAACAGGAGAAGAGAUCGCUAAAAACAUACUACAGCACCGGGGAGUAUUGGAAGGUCGUCGAGGCUGGUCAGUCCUCCUGAAGGAGCCGGCUCAGUGGGUUGAACUGGAGGGCUCAGACUACGUCCUGGACUUGAUGUCAGACUUGGAGCUUCCUGCUAACUUUCCCAAACACAACAGCUACUUCAUCAUCUCAGCGCUAGAGCCAAACAGAGUGCGGCCCAAUGCCAGCAUAAGCCUGUUGGGCGGUGGGUUUGACACGAGUGAUGACAUCAUGUCUUCAGUCAUACCUGGCUCUGAAGGACUCAGCCCAGACUUUCAGCCUCAGAGAGGGAUGGAUCAUUAUCUUGACAGCCUGUUCGACCCCGUUCUGUCUGACGGAGCUGGAGAAAUAGAAUCGGCUGCGGGACUAUCCAGCAGGAUGAAGGGAGCUGGGGGAGUGGGAGGGAAGUGGCAACAGCAGGGGUCCCACUCUGGCCCCCCACUUCCACCUGGAGCUGUGAGAGUCCUUCCUGUGGGAGGCGUGAUGUCGCCUCCUGUUGCUGCAGUGGCACCUGUAACAUCUGAUGCCCAGCAGGCUGUUUUGACUCAGGAGCAGCAGGCGAUUGUGAACCAGCAGGCCAUCAUCAUGGCUCAGCAGAUGAGCAUGCAGGCCAUGGCGAUGGUCGGCAGCCCGGUGUCGAGCCCCCCGACCUCUCCCAUCACCAGCCCUCCCAUGAGUCCUCGACAACAUCACCCGCCAAGCCCCUACGCCCCUUCCAGCCCAUACGCCGUCAUACCUCCAAGUCCAUAUGCUAACAUCCCGCCGAGUCCCUAUGCUAACUUUACUCCGACUCCUUAUGCCGCGGCAGACAUGCGCCCCAGCCCGUAUCCUCCUACUGCGCAGCGGGAGCAAGCUCCAUCACAGCAUCCCGCUGUUCCUCAGGCCCGACCUCAACCCCGCGCCCACCACGCUGACUUCACCAGAGCUGACCCCGCUGCACCAGCUCAGUCAGGUAAACACAGCUCCCCUCAGAGAAAGGCUUCAGGUGCCUCUGUAAACAAGGAGCCAGCCAGGAAAUUUGGCCCUGAAGUGAUGUCUCCUCUGCCCCCUGCUGGAGAAAUGGUGAAGUAUUCAGCUAAGUCUUCAGACCACAUCGUCCCCAGUCAUGAUAUCAAAGAAAUCAUCAAUAGGUAUAACUCCCCUCCACCGCCUCCAGACCCAGUACCGCUCGGAAAGAGGAGACCAGAGGGGAAGUUUAAAAAGAAGCAAACGCCUCGUGACGAAGCUUUACAGAUUCUCAAACCCCAGAUGGACAACCCUCCAGUUCCACAGCCGAAACGUCCCAUCGCCCCAUCCCCGUCUGCCUCUGCUGUGAAGGAUGCAGGCUUCAAACCGAGGAGCGCAAAAACAAAAGCGCCUUAUCGUCCUCUGCCCAAACCUCCCCCAGUUUCUCGAGAGCUGCCGGUGGAGAUGGAGACCAUCCAGACACAGCUUCAUCGGAGCACCAACGAGGAGCACUACACCUACACCAACGUCCCCUGGAGGCUUUAUCUCAGGAAGGAGGUGUUUUAUCCCAAAGACAGUUUUAACAACCCCCUGGUGCUUGAUCUCAUUUUCAAGCAGAUAGUAAAUGACACCCUGUCAGAGGCAUGUGUUCGCAUCACCCGGGAUGAAAGGCAGAAAAUGAAAGCCCUUUUUGCCAAACACGGAGUUCAGCAGAAUAUGGAUCCGGUUGAGGAACAUGUGAAGAAAACGGUUGUGACAGCCGCCAGGGAAACCUGGCAAAUAUACUUCUCCAGACUCUACCCUGCCUCGGGUAGUGUAGGAACGGGUGUGCAGGUGCUGUCAGUGUCCCACAGCGGCAUCAAAUUGCUGAAGACAGUAAAAAGCAGCACUGCAGCUCCAGACUACUUCAGAGUCCUGCGACCCUACUCAUAUGCAGACAUCCUCUUUGUGACCAUCCCCUCUGAGAACAUGCUGGAGUUCAACCUGACCAAUGAGAAGCUGAUCCUCUUCUCCGCCAAAGCAUCCCAAGUCAAGCAUCUGGUGGACACCUUCAUCAAUGAGAUCAAAAAGGACUCAGACUACGUGAUUGCAGAGUGCAACUUUGUGACUGAUGACCGCUCCAUGCUCGUUUUCCAUAAGGGGGACAUCAUCCGACUGCAAGUUAUGGACGGGCUGGAGAAAGGUUACAGCUAUGGCUGUGUCGUGAGAAAGAAGGUUGUCUUUUUGGAAGAACUCAGACGAGACUCCCAGGACUUUGGGUGGAAGUUUGGCGCCGUGUUCGGCCGCUCUGGCGCUUUCCUGGCUGAGUGCGUGCGACCCGUCGCUCCCCCCGACUUCCUGUCGCUGCCGCUGGACCGAACGUCGGAGCCUCGAGACGGAGCGGGGCAGUUUGCCGUGUCUUCAGCUGUCGCCGUGGCAGUGGCGUCCACCAUGGCUGCACACGAGAUCGAUCAGACAAUUGAGAAAGUUUCCCUUGAUGGUUUUCCUGAAGCAGAUCUGGAUGAGAGGCUCCUGCAUGACAGCAAAUACGACAUGCUGGAGUUUGCUAAGAAGUUUUUCAGACAGACGCCCAGCAGGAAAGAAGAUUCUUUGAAGGUCAAAAGUAAGAACAGAGACUCCAGGGAGCCCACCGAAAUGAUCAAGUUCUCCAAGACUCCGCUGGUGGAGUCCCUCAUAGAGUUCACAGAUCACGCCAUGAACAGAGUGGCAGCUGAUCUCUUCCUGUCCAUCAUGCGCUUCAUGGGGGAUUCGCCGUUAAGAGGUGUGACAGAGCAGGAGGUGAUCAGCACUUUUCUCAAGCUGAUAGGAGAGUUCACCUUGAUGAGGGAUGAGGCUUACUGCCAGCUCCUCAAACAGCUUACUGCCAACACCAGCUCCAAACCCGAUAGUUGCCAACGAGGCUGGAGGCUGCUGUACAUCCUGACGGCGUUCCACCGCUGCUCCGAGGUCCUCAGGCCCUUUCUGCUGAAAUACCUGCAGCAGGCCUCUCGCAGCUCAGGUGCACAGUAUCAGGGCAUUGCAAAAGCAUGCGAGCAGAAUCUGAAGAAAACCCUCCAGCACGGAGGUCGCCUUGUCCCGCCCAGCAGCAUGGAGCUGAAGGCCAUGAUGGCAGGACGCAGUUCCAAGCGUCAGCUGUUUCUCUUCCCAGGAGGAAUUGAGCGCCACGUAAAAAUCAAGACAUGCACUGUCGCCCUGGAGGCGGUGGAGGAGCUGUGCUAUGAGAUGGGCUUACACAGGCUGGAGGCCAUGGAGGAGUACGCCAUAUUUUUGGUGACUAAUAGAGGCCAGCAUGUGCGACCUCUAAACAAGCACGAGUACAUCCUGGACGUGACAACGGAGGCAGAGUUAGUCGACUCGAGCUACAGCCUUUGGUUCAGACGAGUCAUCUGGACUCAGCCGCUCCGGUUUGAAAACGAGCUGUGCGUGGCCAUGCAGUACAACCAGAUCCUUCCAGACUACCGUAAAGGUCUGCUCAACGUUCUUCCCCAAGGAAAAGUCAGCGAUCAGCAGUUCCACCAAAUCUCCAAACUGGCAGCUUUGCAGCACCGAGCUAAAGACAGCGUGUUUAUCCCCAGCAUACACGAAUUAUCCGAGUACAUCGCCGCACCUCUUUUCAAAAAGCAGCAGCCGCAGCAGUGGGUUACCAUGGUGACGCAGCACAUGCAGCAAGCGCAGGCGCUGAACCCGCACCAGGCCAGGGCACAGUUUCUGGGGCUGGUCAGCGCAUUCCCAAUGUUCGGCUCCUCUUUCUUCUACAUCCACAGCAGCAGCUCCACCACUUUCUUCGCUCCCUGUAUCCUAGCUGUCAAUCAACAUGGUCUCCACUUCCUUCACAAAAACACACACGAGCUGAUGGCUAUGGUCCCUCUGGCAGAGGUGCAGUCCAGCCGCACCCAGAGGCCCACGGCUGGAUCCAGUUACCCCUACGUGGACAUCACUGUCGGAGACAUGAACGCACAACGAGUCGUCCAGCUGCAGCUUGAGCAGAGCCUGGAGCUGUGUCGAGUUAUUGCCAUGCAGGUGGAGAACAUGAUGUCUGUGCGAGAAAAAAGGCUCACUCUGCCACCCAGUGAAAUCACUGUGUUGUAGCACAUUCACACACUUUACCCAAAAAUAAAAGUGUCUCUG